AGCCCACUGCCCGUUGUCCUCGUGCCCUUCCCUGUCCUCCAGCCCAGCCCUGCAGGGCUGCGGGGGGGGAAAUCCCAAAAGCGAUGUCUGCAUGGGGAUGAGGUUCACGUGGGCUGGGAGACCACCCGGUCACUGUGCCUGCAUCGCGCUGCUCCCUGGGUGGUGGCCGUGCCCUGACUGUCCCAUCCCACCCAGAUGCCAGUGAGCCUCUCCACGGCGCUGCGUGUCGUCGGGACCAGCCUCUUUGCGCUGGCGGUACUGGGGGGCAUCCUGGCCGCCUAUGUCACCGGGUACCAGUUCAUCCACACGGAGAAGCACUACCUCUCCUUUGGGCUCUACGGGGCCAUCCUGGGGCUGCACCUCUUCAUCCAGAGCCUUUUCGCUUUCCUGGAGCACCGACGCAUGAGGGCUGAGGGACAGCCGGUGCGGUUGGGCCGCUCAGUGGCCCUCUGCAUCGCCGCCUACCAGGAGGAUCCCGAUUACCUGAAGAAGUGCCUGCACUCCGUCAAGCGCAUCGCCUUCCCUGACCUCAAAGUGGUGAUGGUGGUGGACGGCAACGGCCCGGACGACACCUACAUGCUGGACAUCUUCCACGACGUGAUGGGCUCUGAGCGUGUGGGCAGCUACGUCUGGAGGAGUAACUUCCACGCAUGGGGCGAGGGCGAGACGGAGGCCGGGCUGCAGGAAGGGCUGGCCCAUGUGCAGGCUCUGGUGCGCAGCACCACGUACUCCUGCAUCCUGCAGAAGUGGGGCGGGAAGCGCGAGGUGAUGUACACGGCCUUCCGGGCGCUCGGAGACUCCGUGGACUACAUCCAGGUGUGUGACUCAGACACGGUGCUGGACCCCGCCUGCACCACCGAGAUGCUCCGCAUCCUGGAGGCCGACCCCCGCGUCGGUGGCGUCGGUGGCGAUGUCCAGAUCCUGAACAAGUACGACUCGUGGAUCUCCUUCCUGAGCAGCGUGCGGUACUGGAUGGCCUUCAACGUGGAGCGUGCCUGCCAGUCCUACUUCGGCUGCGUGCAGUGCAUCAGCGGCCCGCUGGGCAUGUACCGCAACGCGCUGCUGCAGCAGUUCCUGGAGGACUGGUACCACCAGACCUUCCUGGGCACCAAGUGCAGCUUUGGGGACGACCGGCAUCUCACCAACCGCGUGCUCAGCCUGGGCUACCAGACCAAGUACACGGCACGCUCCCGCUGCCUGACGGAGACGCCGACACGCUACCUGCGCUGGCUCAACCAACAGACCCGCUGGAGCAAGUCCUACUUCCGUGAGUGGCUCUACAACGCGCUGUGGUUCCACAAGCACCACCUCUGGAUGACCUACGAGUCGGUGGUGACCGGCUUCUUCCCCUUCUUCCUCAUCGCCACCGUCAUCCAGCUUUUCUACCGCGGGCGCAUCUGGAACAUCCUCCUCUUCCUGCUGACGGUGCAGCUGGUGGGCAUCAUCAAGGCUACCUAUGCCUGCUUCCUGCGUGGCAGCGCUGAGAUGAUCUUCGUCUCCCUCUACGCCCUGCUCUACAUGUCCAGCCUGCUGCCCGCCAAGAUGUUUGCCAUCGCCACCAUCAACAAGUCAGGCUGGGGCACGUCGGGCCGCCGCACCAUCGUGGUCAACUUUGUGGGGCUGCUGCCGGUGUCGGUGUGGGCGGCCGUGCUGCUGGGCGGCCUGGCCUACACAGCCUACAGCCAGGACCUGCUCAGCGACACCGAGGUUGCUUUCCUCGUCUCGGGUGCCGUCCUCUACGCCUGCUACUGGGUGGCCCUGCUGACGCUCUACUUGGCCAUGGUGGCCCGGCGCUGCGGGAAGCGGCAGGAGCAGUGCGGGUUGGUCUUUGCCGAGGUGUGAGGACGCCAUGGGUCCCCUUGCAGUUGGCGCUGACCCAGCGGUGGCCAUCCGGCUGCUGCUCCCUGCGUGCGGCAGCACUGAGUGCCCCCCAAGGUCAGCAUUUGUGAUCAAGU